AUGGGACACUUAAAGCUUUUGGUUGUGGAGAAUUUCAAAUCGUGGCGAGGGAAACAAUGCAUUGGGCCAUUCAGGAAAUUCAGUUGUGUUAUUGGUCCCAACGGUUCAGGAAAAUCAAAUGUAAUGGAUGCCAUUAGUUUCGUAAUGGGUGAGAAGAUAUCUAAUUUAAGAGUGAAACACAUUCGAGAGCUGAUACAUGGGGCGCAUGUUGGAAAACCGGUUUCAUCAACUGGAAGUGUAAGAAUGGUGUACAGAGAGGAAAAUGGAGAAGAGAAAACCUUUGCAAGAAUUAUUCGAGGCAAUGGAUCUGAAUUUCUUAUCAACGAUUCUGUGGUCAGCCGAUCUGAAUAUACUAAAGAACUUGGAAAAAUUGGCAUAAUUACCAGAGCAAAGAAUUGUCUGGUUUUUCAGGGUGAAGUUGAAACAAUUGCAAUGAAGAAACCCAAAGAGAGAACACAGCUCCUUGAGGAAAUUAGUCAUUCAGGGGAGCUUGCUGCUGAAUAUGCAGAAAAGAAAAAACGUUUGCAAAAAGCAGAGGAAGAGGCGCAAUUCAGUUACAAUAAGAAAAAAAAUGUUGCAGCUGAACGCAAACGUGCAAGAUUAGAAAAGGAAGAGGCAGAGUGUUACCAGAUCCUAUCUGAAGAGCUGAAAGAGAGUAAGAAGCAGUUGCAGCUUUUCCGAUUAUAUCACAAUGAACGGAAAAUUGGCUCUCUUAAUGAUAAAUUUUCAGAAAAAAACAUCCGUAUCGAUGCUAAGAAAAGUGCUGUGUCUGAUGCUGAAGAUACAGUAAAAGCCAAGAAAAAGGUCCUUGGAACAUUAAAUAGAAACCAUCAACAUAUUGAAAAAGAAAUAAAAGCUUUGGAAGGUGUUUUGAAUCAAAAGAGGCCUCAAUAUAUUAAAGCAAAGGAGAGAACUACUCACCAAAUUAAAAAAGUAGAUGCGGCUAAGAAAGUGCUGAGAGAUCAUAUGAAAGAACAAGCGAAGCGAGAAGAAAAUAAAAAAGAAUUGCAGACAGAACUACAGGAUAUUGAUAAGGCCUGGAGAAUGUUUGAAGGAAAGUUCACAGAGGAGAGACUGCGUGGAGUUAGAGAUGUUUUUCUGGAAGAAAAUCAGAUCAAUAAAUAUAAGGAGCUGAAAGAACUGGUAAGGAAAAGGGUAGCUGUUUUGAAGCAGCAAAUUGAAACAUUGCACUGGGAACAAAAGGCAGAUGAAGAAAAAAUGUCAUUUGAUCAGCGGAAACAAAAAGAAACAGAGGAAAAUAUUAAACAAAUAAGAGAAUACAUAGAAGAUAAUAAAAAACGGAUGGAGAUACUGAUGGAAUAUAUUAGGAUGUGCACUGAAUCAUUAGCAGACAAAGAACAAGAAGAAGCGGUGCUGAUAAAUGUAAUCGAAAGUUCAAAAAAACGGAUACCUGAAGUAAAUGAAGAACUGAAUAAAAUUGUCAGCGACUUGCACAAUGCUAAAAUCGAUGUCCACGAAGGAAAACGACAACAGAUGAGAGCAGAAACCUUGGAGAGCCUCAAAAGACUGUAUCCGGAUUAUGUGUUUGGAAGACUGGUUGAUUUGUGUCAUCCAAUUCAUAAAAAAUACCAGCUUGCGGUUACAAAAGUGUUUGGCAAGUUUAUGACUGCAAUUGUUGUGGCUUCGGAAAAAGCAGCCAGAGAUUGUAUUCGUUUCCUCAAGGAAGAAAGAGCCGAACCUGAAACAUUCCUUCCUUUGGAUUAUCUUGAGAUAGAACCAAUCAAUGAACAGUUACGAGAAAUAAGAGGAGCUAAAAUGAUGGUUGAUGUCAUACAGACUUCCUUUCCUCCUCUGAAGAAAGUAAUUCAGUUUGUUUGUGGAAAUGCUUUAGUCUGUGAAACAGUAAUGGAAGCAAGGCAGUUAGCAUUUGAUGGUCCACAGCGUCUAAAAACAGUAGCUCUUGAUGGAACUUUAUUUUCAAAAUCUGGAAUAAUAUCUGGAGGCUCAUCUUAUUUGAAAAUGAAAGCUAGAUGCUGGGAUGAAAAAGAAGUGAGCAAACUCAAAGAACGGAGAGAAAAACUGGUGAAUGAAUUAAAGGACUUACUGAAAAUUAAAAGGAAGGAGGUUGAUUUGAAACAACUGCAGGCUCAGUGCCAAGGAAUUCAAACACGACACAGAUGUUCACAAAAUGAACUAGAAGUUAUUAGAAAAAGAACUGAUAAUUUCAAUCAGGAAAAAAAUAGGCUGGAAAGUAAACGAGCAAAUAUUGAAUCACAGUGUGCCAUGCUGAAUGAAGGAAUGUUACAAAGAACUGCAAAAAUGGAUGGAAUUCAGAAGAAAAUAAAUGAGGUAGAAGACAAUAUUUUCCGUGAAUUCUGUGAAGAGAUUGGUGUAGAGAAUAUUCGUGUAUAUGAGAAAGAGCACAUACAACUGCAGGAAGAACUUGACAGGAAGAGGUCUGAAUUUGAAAACCAGAAGACACGACUGAGUGUCCAACUUGAGUACAUUUGCAGCCUCAUAGAAAAGGAAGUGAGGAAGAUUAGCAUGCUGAAGGAGAGUACUUGCAAAGAUGAAGCUGAUAUCAUUCACCUGAAAAAGGAUGAGGAGAAUUGCUUACAGAUGGUAGAGGAAGUUAUGGCAGAACUGCAGCAGCUUAGGGAGAGGCAGAAUGUUAAUAAAAAUGAAGUUGCCAAGGCACAGAAUCAAGUUGACGAAUCAAGGAAGAUAUUACUAACACUAAAUAGAGAGUUGGUGACUCUACAAAAAGAAGCCGUAGUGAUUGAGACCUCGCUGGAACAGAAAAAAUUAGAAAAACAUAAUAGGCUUCUUGAAUGCAAGCUUGAAGACAUAAAGAUAAACCUUGUUUUGGGAUCUUUAGAUGAUAUUAGUGAAAUUGAGUUGGGACCUGAAACUGAAAGUAGUGAAAGAACCGCUGAUAUCUAUGAAAGAGAAGAAUUAAUUCAAAUAGAGUAUAGCACACUUUCAGAAGAAUUAAAGGACUUGCAGUCUAAUAAAGAGAUUGAGGCUCGCCUAGAACAACUUCGGCAGGAAAUAGCAUCUAAAGAAGAUGUUUUAGUAAAAACAGUUGCACCAAAUAUGAGAGCACUUGACAGAUUACAUAUUGUUACCAAUAGAUUUCAGGAAUCCGUUGAUGUGUUUGAGGCUCAUAGAAAAGAGGCCAAAUUAUGUAGGCAAGAAUUUGAUAAAGUGAAAAAAAGAAGGUAUGAGCUGUUCAGCCAGUGCUUUGAGCAUAUGUCAGUAGCUAUUGAUCAGAUCUACAAGAAGCUCUGCAGAAACAAUAGUGCUCAGGCUUUUCUUAGCCCCGAGAAUCCUGAGGAACCUUAUUUGGAAGGUAUUGGUUUUAACUGUGUUGCUCCAGGGAAACGAUUUAUGCCAAUGGACAACCUGUCUGGUGGUGAGAAAUCGGUAGCAGCUUUGGCUCUUGUGUUUGCAAUACACAGUUUUAGACCGGCUCCCUUUUUCAUUCUGGAUGAAGUUGAUGCAGCACUGGAUAACACAAACAUUGGCAAAGUCUCAAGCUUCAUUAGGCAGCAGUCCCAAGAACAGUUCCAGAUCAUAGUUAUCUCUCUAAAGGAAGAGUUUUAUUCUAAAGCAGAUGCUCUAAUUGGAGUCUGUCCUCAGCAAGAUGAUGUUAUGUUUAGCCAAGUUCUGACCCUGGAUCUUACUCAGUAUCCAGAUCCUGAGAAUGAAACACGACAGAAACGCAGAAAGAGCUCUUUGCAGAAAUAAGGCGCUGAGCGUAUUUGUGGUAGUUGAGAAAUGUUGCCUUCACAGGUUUGUAAUUGCUAAUGG